AUGACUGACAUCAAACCAACAUCGACGUGUACAACUGUCGAGAUCCAUCCUUCGAGCGUCCGCUUCAUGCAAUCUUCUUCAUCCAGCCUGCAUACACUCAACACCCUUCCUACAGAUCGAUUCAUCGUUCUGUUCACACCAGCAAUACCUUCGACUGAUAGUCAAGAAGAUCCUUUCGAAUGCUUUGGCCGUUCUCUCAGCAAGUGGCACUCUCGAAUUCGACAUGUGCCAUUUGUUGCAAAAGUCGGUCUAACAGACCUUCAUGUUGCGUGGAUACGAAAAGCGGGAGCUGUUGUCGUUGUCAAUUGCGACCCAGCACUAUUGAUUGACACCAAAACGAACAACAACAUGCCUUGUCAAGCCAAGUUCGCCACCCAAGCAGAGAACAUACUGCACAAUGUUCGUGGCGGGUCGCAAGUGCCGCUAUCCGGUGUCUACAUCAGCCCUUGCUCUGCAUCGCCAACAAACACUAGUGGGUACGACAAUGUGGUCGUGUGCUCUUCAUACUCGGAGGCAAUCAUGGAGAAAGCCGCGUCCAUGUUGAUGUCCCAAUAG